AUGGACUCGGAGGAAAUGAACGGGGUGCGACCUGACGCAUCGCACGUCUGCUCUCGCGCUUCCUUCCAGAUCCGAGUGGACGGUUCGUCGCGGGCCCUGCAGUACGAGACGGUGCAGGCGGUGGAAAGCGGACCCAUCCUCCGAGACAUGGCCUUCUCCUCUGAUCACCACUACCUCUACGUCAUGUCCGAGAGCCAGCUUUCCAGAAUGCCCGUGGAAGCCUGCGGUCAGUACGCCACCUGUAGCGAAUGUCUCGGAUCAGGGGACCCUCACUGCGGCUGGUGUGUCCUGCACAACACGUGCACCCGAAAAGAGAAAUGCGAGCGCUCGUCAGAGCCUCGCCGCUUUGCCUCCGACAUCAAGCAGUGCGUGCGCCUCAGCGUGCACCCCAACAACAUCUCGGUGUCGCAGUUCAGCGUGACGUUGGUCCUGGAAGCUCACAACGUGCCGGAGCUUUCCGCGGGAGUGAACUGCACCUUUGAGGACCUGGCGGAGAUGAAUGGUCUGGUGGAGGGCAACCGCAUCAAGUGCUUCUCCCCGGCCGAGAAGGAAAUGCCGCGUGUCGUCGUCGACAAAGGCGACCACCAGAUCGUGCAACUCUAUCUCAAGUCCAAGGAGACCGGCUUGGCGUUCGCCAACACCAGUUUUGUAUUCUACAACUGCAGCGUGCACAAAUCGUGUUUGUCAUGCGUGAGCAGCCCGUACCAGUGCCACUGGUGCAAAUACAGACACGACUGCACGCACGACCCGCGCACGUGCUCCUUCCAGGAGGGUCGAGUCAAAAAGCCGGAGGAGUGUCCCCAGCUGCUGCCGGCCGAGCGCAUCCUGGUGCCGGUCAACGUGGUGAAGCCCAUCACCCUACAGGCCAAGAACCUGCCCCAGCCUCAGUCGGGCCAGCGAGGCUACGAAUGCCUGCUGACCAUUCAGGGCAACGAGCACCGCGUCCCCGCCCUGCGCUUCAACAGCUCCUCGGUGCAGUGUCAGAACACUUCGUACUUCUACGACGGGAUGGAGAUGAGCAGCCUUCCCGUGGAGCUGACCGUCAUCUGGAACGGCGACUUUAGCAUCGAUAACCCCGCCCACAACAAAGUCCAUCUGUACAAGUGCGAUGCCCAGCGCAGGAGCUGCGGCCUGUGCCUGAAGGCGGAUCCUCUGUUUGGUUGCGUGUGGUGCAAAGGGGAGAACCGCUGCACGCUCAAGCAGCACUGCCCGCACCCCGAGAACCAAUGGCUGGAACACAACGGCAUCAACAGCAAGUGCACCCACCCGCGCAUCACACAGAUUACCCCCCUGCGCGGUCCGAGGGAAGGCGGCACCCUGGUGACCAUUCGCGGCGACAACCUCGGCUUGGAUUUCCGCGAGAUCCAAGGCAACGUGAAGGUGGCGGAGGUGGAGUGCACGCCCAUCCGGGACGGUUACAUCCCGGCGGAACAGAUCGUAUGCGAGAUGGGCCGCGCCGAGAAGAGUCAGUACACGGGGAACGUCAAGGUGUGCGUCGGCGUCGGCGAGUGUCGGCCGGAAUUCACCGCCAAGUCGUCCAAAUACUACUACUUUGUGAUUCCGAGGAUCCUCAGCAUCAAGCCGAGCAGAGGGCCCGUCUCCGGGGGAACCGUGGUCAGCAUCACAGGGAGCCACCUGGACGCGGGCAGCAACGUGUCCAUCAUGUUUAAGGACCAGCCGUGCACCUUUCUCAAGCGCGACGGCCUGUGGCUGACGUGCCGCACGCACGCCUCGCCGAGAGGCUACGGCAACGUGCCGGUGUCGGUGAGCAUCGACAAGGCCCAGCUCCAGAAGGACCUGCGCUUCGAGUACGUGGAGGACCCCACCAUCACCAAGAUCGAACCCGAAUGGAGUAUCUACAGCGGACACACUCCCGUGACGGUGACGGGAACCAACCUGGACAUCAUCCAAACGCCGCUCAUCAGAGCCAAAUACAACAAUCACGAGACACUCAACUUGUGCCAGGUUCUGAGCCCGACAUCCAUGCAGUGCCAGGCCCCGGAGCUUCCCAUCAGCCUCGCCCAGCAGCAGGAGGCGCCGGAGAGGCCUGACGAGUUUGGCUUCAAACUGGACGACGUACAGGCCGUCAUGGCGCUGAACAACACCAACUUCAUCUACUACCCCAAUCCCGAAUUUGAGCCUCUCAGUGUGUCCGGAGUGCUGGAGAUUAAACCCGGAUCGCCCAUCAUACUCAAGGGACGGAACUUCUUGCCGCCCACCAGCAGCGGAAACGGAAAGAUGAACUAUACCGUUCUCAUCGGAGAGAAGCCCUGCAUGUUGACGGUGUCCGACAGCCAGCUGCUCUGCGAGUCGCCCAACCUGACGGGACGCCACAAAGUUCUGGCUCGCGUGGGCGGAAUCGAGUUCUCGCCCGGCGUGGUCCACAUCACGUCGGACAGCCCGCUCAGCAGCACGGCCAUCAUCGGCAUCGCGGCGGCCGGGGCCCUGCUUCUCCUCGCCAUCGUCAUGGUGCUCAUCGCCUACAAGCGCAAGUCGCGCGAGAGCGACCUGACGCUGAAGCGGCUGCAGAUGCAGAUGGACAACCUGGAGUCGCGGGUGGCGCUGGAGUGCAAGGAGGCUUUUGCAGAGCUACAGACCGACAUUCACGAGUUGACAAGCGACUUGGACGGCGCGGGGAUUCCCUUCCUGGACUACAGGACGUACACCAUGAGAGUCCUGUUCCCAGGAAUUGAGGAACAUCCUGUACUCAGAGACCUGGAGGUGCCAGGCUACCGCCAGGAGCAGGUGGAGAAGGGCCUGAAGCUGUUUGGCCAGCUGAUCAACAACAAGGUCUACCUGCUGUGCUUCAUCCGCACGCUGGAGGCGCAGCGCGGCUUCUCCAUGCGCGACCGCGGCAACGUGGCCUCGCUCAUCAUGACGGUGCUGCAGAGCAAGCUGGAGUAUGCCACCGACGUGCUCAAGCACCUGCUGUCCGACCUCAUCGACCGCAACCUGGAGAGCAAGAACCACCCCAAGCUUUUGCUCCGCAGGACAGAGUCUGUGGCGGAGAAAAUGCUGACCAACUGGUUCACCUUUCUCCUCUACAAGUUUCUCAAGGAGUGCGCCGGCGAACCGCUCUUCUCGCUCUUCUGCGCCAUCAAGCAACAGAUGGAGAAGGGCCCCAUUGACUCCAUCACAGGAGAAGCGCGCUACUCUCUAAGCGAGGACAAGCUCAUCAGACAGCAAAUCGACUACAAGACGCUGGUGGUCAACUGCAUCCACCCGGAGAACGAGAAGAGCCCGGAGAUCCAGGUGAAGGUGCUCAACUGCGACACCGUCAGCCAGGUGAAGGAGAAGAUCCUGGACGCCAUUUACAAGAACGUGCCGCAUUCGCACCGCCUCAAAGCCUCCGACAUGGACCUAGAGUGGCGUCAAGGCCGAGGGCAGCGUGUGAUCCUGCAGGACGAGGACGUCACCACCAAGAUCGAAGGCGACUGGAAGAGACUCAACAUGCUGGCCCACUAUCAGGUGUCCGACAACGCCGUGAUGGCCUUGGUUCCCAAGCAAGUCACGGCGUACAAUUCGGUCAACAACUCGACGGUGUCCCGAACGUCUGCCAGCAAAUAUGAGAACAUGAUCAAGUACACGGGAAGUCCAGACAGCCUGCGCUCCCGGACGCCCAUGAUCACGCCCGAUUUGGAGAGCGGCGUCAAGGUGUGGCACCUGGUCAAGAACCACGAACACGGCGACCAGAAGGAGGGCGACCGCGGCAGCAAGAUGGUCUCCGAGAUCUACUUGACCAGACUUCUGGCAACCAAGGGCACCCUGCAGAAGUUUGUGGACGACCUCUUCGAGACCAUCUUCAGCACAGCGCACCGAGGGAGCGCCCUGCCGCUCGCCAUCAAGUACAUGUUUGACUUCCUGGACGAGCAGGCCGACAAACACAACAUCCACGACCCGCACGUGCGGCACACGUGGAAGAGCAACUGCCUACCUCUGCGUUUCUGGGUGAACGUGAUCAAGAACCCUCAGUUCGUGUUCGACAUCCACAAGAGCAGCAUCACUGACGCCUGCCUGUCUGUGGUGGCCCAGACCUUCAUGGACUCCUGCUCCACCUCGGAGCACCGCCUUGGGAAGGACUCGCCGUCCAACAAGCUGCUGUAUGCCAAGGACAUCCCCAGCUACAAAAGCUGGGUGGAGAGGUACUACUCAGACAUCAGCAAGAUGCCGGCCAUCAGCGACCAGGACAUGAACGCCUACUUGGCCGAACAAUCACGCAUGCACAUGAGCGAGUUCAAUAGCAUGAGCUCACUGAGUGAGAUCUACUCCUACGUGGGUGUCUACACGGAGGAGAUUGUCUGUGCACUGGAGCAGGACGACGCGGCCAGGAAGCAGAGGCUGGCCUUCAAGCUGGAGCAGGUGGUGGCCUUCAUGACGCUGGAGAGCUGAGGACCGCACUUCCCAGGGUGCACUGGGAAGAAGAGAAGAGACAUCCUCCGCCCCCCCCAAACACCCAGCCCUGCCUCUUUUUCGCCCGCCCCGCCACCGUCCGCACUCUUGUCCCGACACCGAGCCGUGCCUGAGCAAAAAUCUGUUCCUCGUUUGUUUUUUUCUUCCAUUCCUGCUUCCUCGAUUGAAUUGUUUUGGUCCCUCAUCCACUGCUGCAUACAGACACAGAAAAAGAAAUGACAUUUUUACGUUGCCUUCAAGAAUUGACUGACUGGUAGAAUUCUUUUCAGACUGGGAGGAGUGCGACAAAUAAACAGCGGUUCUUUGGAUCUUGAACAAUGCAAUUUUUUUUUCUCUCUCUCUCCCUUGUAGCUGGAUUUGCAUUGAAGACUGAGGUUAAGGGCUCAGGAGGGCGCUGACAAUGCUGCAGAGCCCCUCCCCCACCCCCGCGUCCUCACAACCCUGACAUUAGCACACACAUUUACUAGCAUUAGCUUCCACGCUUCCAUCCGGCUAAAAAAAACUUUUCUCCUCGACGAAGCCCCACGCGGCUCCUCUGUAAGAAGCACACAAAGAUGGUUAACUUGCGUGUGGCGGUGUCGUCGCACACCUACACACACCUUGACGCACACACACACACACACACACACCAAUCAACAAUGUCCCGGGGAUGUGCGGGGGCAUACAAAGUUGGUUCGCCUAAAAACCAAAGGAGCUUGACAUUUUCAACACAAAAAGAUGUAUUUGUCAAGUGCCACAGAGGAACACGGACAACAUUGACAAAAAUACAACGAAAAAGAAAAAAAAAAAAUACUAAAUGGACUUUCAAAAAAAAAAAAAGAAAAAAAUUGUGACUGGAACCUGUGUGCUACUUUUUCUGACCUCAGUUUGUGGAGAUGCUCCGUGGCUCCUGGCUUUUCCACACCUUUCUUUCCUGUUUUGCACAAGCCUUCAAGGUGGACGCCGGCCAUAGUGUAGCCGCGGAGGCGCUGGUGUCGUCUUCACGCCUCUCGGAUUUGAAAAACAAAACAAAACAGAACAAUGGAGCGCAGCAGCGAACUGAAAACUUGUCGGAUGAGCGAGAAAGCGAGGCCACCUCUUGUAUCCUGUGAAGCUCUGCCCUUUCUUUUGCCUUGACAACGUGCCCCAUGUGGUGAUGUGAAUGUGCGAAGGCCGCCCUCGGUCCACCUUUAUUGGCUUUUUAAGCGCAUGUAAAACCAUUUAAGAAAAACUUAUUUAAGGAGAAAAAAAAAAAAAGAAUAAUUAAGAACUAAGCCUUGCGAUGAUGAUGUGGAUGUGUUUGUUUAACUUUGUUUUGCUUUGAAAGGGAAAAGCAGAUGGCGGUAUUGAAGUUUAAGGUGGAACCUUUAUCCAGUUGACUUGCGGAAUCUGAUCAUUAGUGUCCAGUGGUGCCUUGAGAUACAACUUGAGUUUCUUCUGAGAUGAUGUUCCAGUCUCAAAGCAUCGUUCCUCAUUGAAAUGAAUGGAAAUGCUCUUAAUUCAUUCCAGCCUUCCCCCGAAAAAUUAGAAUGUUUUUUUUUAAUGAAGGAAAAUGGUACGCUAAGGUAUGGUGCUAUAUAGAAACAAGUCUUGACAUAAUUAGAACCUAAAGAAUGAAACUCUUUUUUUUUUCCCAAUUCAAUGGCUCCUCAUUCAGCCGUUCUGUGCAGAAGAUAAAGAAUAAAUGCCUGUCAGUAUUGUUAUCUCUGUCUGUGUUACUUAAAGUUAUAACACCUCCACAUAGAUUCUUUUCGUCAGCCUGUCUGUGGUGUUUCCCCUUAUAAGUUAGCAUUAACAUUAAGCUAGCAGACCAUAUCUUUAUUUUUAAAAACACAACACAAAAAUCUCUUUGGUUCGUGUUUAGUUUGAGAGCAAACAGUGAACACCUUGAACGUCUUUUUGGAAGAAUUGUUUUCGAAUUCUGUCUGUUCAUACAGUGCUCGCAUGUCAAGGUUUUGCUCUCAAGUCAAAGCAAAAAUCAUCCAAACAAUGGCUUGUUUCUCAAAAACACAGACUCUCAUAUCUCAAGGCGGCACUGUGCAUUACACUGUUGCAUGAUGAUCGAUUAUGAAGCUGCUGACUGACUGGUCUCAUUGGUUCAACUUCUGCAGCCCGCAGCCGCUAGCAGGGUGUUUGCUCGUCACGAUGGCUGUCAAACAUAUCAAAGACAUGGAGAUAGAGAAGGUUGGAGUAAAUGGAUAGACUUCUAAAUUAGCCGUGUCCUUCAUGUAGCUAAGCUGAAAAAAAAAA